CCCCUGUACCCCUUUCGGCUGCCCCAGAUCUGCGCUCAGUAUCGCACCGCCUCCUCCUCUGCGCACUCCCCCAGGCACCAGCGGCUCCCAGCGCAUCAGCAGAUUGUCGGAGCUAUAUAGUCGCACAGACAGGGCUUGGCGCUGCUCAUUUCUCGCUGCUGCUGCUGCUGCUACUGGGGUCUCUGCUGCUACUGGGGUCUCUGUUGCUACUGGGGUCUCUGCUGCUACUGGGGUCUCUGCUGCUACUGGGGUCUCUGUUGCUACUGGGGUCUCUGUUGCUACUGGGGUCUCUGCUGCUACUGGGGUCUCUGCUGCUACUGGGGUCUCUGCUGCUACUGGGGUCUCUGCUGCUACUGGGGUCUCUGCUGCUACUGGGGUCUCUGUUGCUCAGCCGGGGGCCUCACUCAGGAGAGAUGUUUUAUUCGGGGAUCCUCACCGACAGCGGCAGGAAAGACGCGGAUCUGAGAGAAGCGGCGACAAUUCGCCAGCAGAGGAGGAUGAAGCAAGCGGUGCAGUUUAUCCACAAGGACUCGGCGGAUCUUCUGCCCCUGGAUGGGAUGAAGAAACUGGGGACCUCCAAGGAUACUCAGCCGCACAAUAUCCUCCAGCGGCGCUUGCUGGAGACCAACCUGUCCAAACUGAGGACCAAUCGCUCCACCUGGGCGCCCAAGAAUGACGUCUCGGCCCAAAGUAAGAAACAGAACCAGGCGAAGUGCGAGAGUCCGAGGAAGAGCGAGGAUGACGACAUGAUCUACGUCUGGUGUCAGUGCGCCGGGAAGGACGUUAGGGCCCAGAUCGACACCUCCUGCCCCCACAGCCUGAUACCUGCCCCCUGCCUGGACCGACUGGGCCUAAAGGAACAUUUCCGAUCCUACAAGAAAGAGGAGGAGCCCCCCGCCCUCCCGUACAGCGUGAAGCCCCUCGGGCAAGUAGAGCGCAUGGCGGUGAUGUUGGGCAACACUACAGUGGAGUGCUCAGCCAUAGUAAUAGAUAAUAAUGACAGAAAUUUCUCACUUGGGCUCCAGACCUUGAAGUCUCUGAAGUGCGUCAUUAACCUGGAACAGAAUCAGAUCGAAGUCGGACGGACAGAAAUCAUCCCGUUCAUUAUCCGAAACACAGUCAGGGAAGAUCAGCCGUCGGAGGUGUAACAGAGAAGAGCUUCCCCAGCCAAUGACCAAAAGGUUCCGUUCGUGCCACACAGAACAACGCGCCCAUCGGAUCAGGAUAAAUAUUUGUGCCAACUUUGUGUUCCUUUUGUCGCCCCCAUUCAUUUCUUUGUGCAUUAUGUGUCGCCGGAGAUGUGGGGAAGGAGUUGCAUUUUUUUAAUAGAUACAUUUAUUUGCUAACUUGAAAUAUACGUUGCUGUCUGGUUGUUAGGGUCAGGGAUCCUGGCAACAAACCCUAUUGCUCUGUGAGGCUCCAGUUUUAUUGUUAUU